AUGUUUAUAAUUCUGAUUUUAUUUGAUGCAUCAGCUACAUUUUACACUUUAGAAGGAGAUUUUUUAGACUCUUUUGUUGACUUUAUACUAUAUAGUCCAAUCUUUUUUUAUAUUUUUAUAGUGCUUGUUGUAACACUACGACUAGAAGCUUUAGAGAAUUUAAUAAAGAAAGGAUCUGAAACUUUCAAUCCUGAAAAUCAAAUAUUUUCAAAUUGUGACGAUUUAUUGGAUACAAUUAAUGAUAUAAAUAUUUUAUUCAAAAAUAUUAAUAAUGUUUUUGGACCACAACUUCUUGUAAUCAUUUCAAAUUAUCUAAUGGUUGGAGUUUCCCUAUCUUUCAUGAUAGCUCACAAAAUAAGUUCUAAUGUCGAUAUAUUUGAAAGUGAUGCUCCACCAUCAGUCUAUAUUGCCAGUGUUUUACACGUUCAAUAUAAAAUUCUUCAAAUUAGUUUUAUUGGAUAUAGAGUGGAUAUUAAAGUAAAAUCAAUUCAUAAAUUAUGCAGCAAGCUUUUUAAUCGUCUCGAGAAACGUGAGCUUUUGGAUGUUGAUACUGAAGUUGUAAAACUUGGAUAUCUGUUCUUAAAUUUUGAUUGGGAUAUUGCGAAAUUGAUUUUUCCUUUAGAAAUUUUGUAUUUUGUUACAAUGGUCCAGUUUCAGCAAAUGAUGAACUAA